GAGGCUGGAGCCUUCCUCCCUCUCAUGCUCUCACAACCUCACACCUCCCAAACACGGUGCGCCGACAUGCUCUCCUGAGUUGGCGAGAUCCAAUGCCUUCUCCCACUCACACGCACAACACACUUUACCUGCUGUCUGCUGGCACGUGCCAAGCCACGGCUCGCAGCUCUUCAAUUCCCCCGCCCCCAGAUGCCAAAACCACCCAUUCCCACCUGAAAUUCCCAAGAACUCCGGCCUCCGUACCGGCGAUGCUCCCACCUCUCCGGUCUUCGUCUAGGGCUUAUCUUCAGAUCUAGAGCGUUCCGUAACAAUCCAGAAAGUGUUAGAUUCCUCGAAAGUUCCUCAUGGAGUCGAUACUGGCUCGGGCUUUGGAGUACACACUCAAGUACUGGCUUAAAUCGUUCACCAGAGAUCAGUUCAGGCUUCAGGGACGCACCGUACAGCUCUCCAAUUUGGAUAUAAAUGGAGAUGCUCUGCAUUCCAGCAUGGGACUGCCGCCGGCGCUGAAUGUGACGACGGCAAAAGUCGGAAAAUUGGAGAUUCUGCUGCCGUAUGUAAGUAAUGUACAAAUAGAGCCGAUUGUUGUUCAAAUUGAUAGGCUUGACUUGGUUCUGGAGGAGAACAGGGACUAUGAUGCAUCUGGGAGCUCUAGCAGUGCCCAGUCAUCCACUAGCUCAGGGAAGGGCAGUGGUUAUGGAUUUGCUGAUAAGAUUGCAGAUGGAAUGACUAUAGAGGUACACACUGUCAACCUUCUACUUGAAACUCGUGGUGGCUCUCAACACCAAGGAGGAGCAGCUUGGGCAUCACCUCUGGCAUCUGUCACUAUACGCAACCUUUUACUGUACACCACUAAUGAAAAUUGGCAGGUUGUAAGUCUCAAAGAAGCGAGGGACUUCUCCAAUAGCAAAACGUACAUAUACGUGUUUAAGAAACUUGAAUGGGAAUCUUUAUCUAUCGACCUUCUGCCUCAUCCUGAUAUGUUUGUGGAUCCUCAUUUAGCGUCUUCUCAAGAGGGAGCAAAUAGGAGAGAUGAGGAUGGUGCAAAGCGUGUUUUCUUUGGUGGAGAGCGGUUUAUAGAAGGAAUAUCAGGACAGGCUUAUAUUACAGUCCAGAGGACAGAACUGAAUAGCCCUGUAGGGCUUGAGGUUCAAUUGCAUAUUCCAGAAGUUGUUUGUCCUGCUUUAAGUGAACCUGGUCUGCGUGCUCUUCUUCGCUUCUUGACAGGAUUAUAUAUUUGUCUAAACAGAGGGGACAUGGAUCCAAAGGCUCAGCAGCGAUCAACAGAAGCAGCAGGGCGUUCCUUAGUCUCCCUUGUUGUGGACCACAUAUUUCUCUGCAUCAAAGAUGCUGAGUUCCAGCUUGAACUUUUGAUGCAAUCACUUUUAUUUUCUCGGGCUAGUGUUUCUGAUGGAGAAAAUUCCAACAACUUGACUAAGAUUAUGGUUGGUGGGCUAUUUUUAAGAGAUACCUUUUCACAUCCACCAUGCACCUUAGUCCAACCAUCAAUGCAGGCUGUCACAAAAGACUUUCUACGGGCCCCUGAUUUUGGUGAGAAUUUUUGCCCUCCAAUAUAUCCCCUGGGUGAACUGAACAGCCUAUUGAAUGAGGGUGUUCCUCUGCUCUGCCUCCAUUCACUUCAGGUCAAGCCAUCCCCGACCCCGCCAUCUUUUGCUUCACAAACAGUCAUUGACUGUCAGCCUCUUGUGAUUCAUCUUCAGGAGGAAUCCUGUUUGAGGAUAUGUUCCUUCUUGGCUGAUGGAAUUGUAGUCAAUCCUGGUGUUAUUUUACCUGAUUUCUCUGUUAAUUCCCUCGUGUUCAAUCUCAAAGAAUUAGAUCUUACGGUUCCUCUCACCACAACAAAGAUAAAUAAUCAAACUGGCAACAAAAACACUAUUUCUCAGUGCUGUUUCGCUGGAGCAAGGCUUCAUAUUGAGAACCUGUUCUUCUCAGAGUCUCCUAUGCUGAAACUCAGGCUACUGAACUUGGAGAAGGAUCCUGCCUGUUUCUGUCUCUGGGAAGAUCAACCAGUUGAUGCCAGCCAGAAGAAAUGGACUACUAAAGCUUCACACCUUAGUUUGUCCCUAGAGACGUGCAGUGGCUUAAAUGUACUUCAAAAUCCUCUUGACUGGUCAUCAGGUUUGUGGAGAUGUGUGGAGAUGAGAGAUGCUUGUAUUGAGGUAGCAAUGGCUACUGCUGAUGGGUGCCCAUUAAUAAAUGUUCCUCCUCCCGGGGGUGUUGUGAGAGUAGGGGUUUCUUUUGAACAGUAUCUGUCAAAUACUUCAGUUGAGCAGUUAUUUUUUGUUUUGGAUCUUUAUGCCUACUUUGGUGAAGUCAGUGAGAAGAUAGCUAAAGUUGGAAAGAACAACAGCCGAAAAAAAAGUAGAAAUGAGUCCUUGGGUGGAAGGUUCAUGGAAAAGGUUCCUAGUGAUACUGCUGUAAGCUUAGCGGUGAAGUACAUCCAACUUAGAUUUCUGGAGGCUUCGUCCUUGAAUAUCCAGGGAAUGCCUUUGGUCCAAUUUGUUGGGGAAGACCUAUUUAUCAAAGUUAGUCAUAGGACUCUUGGUGGUGCAAUUGCCGUUUCCUCCUCAUUGCAUUGGGAGAGUAUUGAGGUGGAUUGUGUAGACGCAGAAAAAAAUUUGGCACUUGAGAGUGGCACAGCAUUAACAUCUGCUGAAAAUGGUCUAUUGAUGGUUGGGGAUGGGUAUCCUCAGUUAAGGGCUGUCUUUUGGGUACAUAACAAUAGGAAGCAUCAAUCCAAUAGCAGUGCUCAUGCGGUUCCAUUUUUGGACAUAAGCAUGGUGCAUGUGAUUCCAUACUGUGCGCAAGAUGUAGAGUGUCAUAGUCUGACUGUAUCAGCUUGUAUUGCUGGGGUUCGCCUUGGUGGUGGAAUGAGUUAUACUGAAGCAUUAUUGCAUCGGUUUGGAAUACUUGGGCCUGAUGGUGGUCCUGGGGAGGAGCUCUCUAAGGGAUUGGAUAAUUUAUCUGCAGGGCCACUUGCAAAACUUUUCAGAACAGCUCCCGUCAUUGAUGAUGAUCUGAAAGAGGAUGGAAGUUCAAGGAAUGAGGAUGGUUCUAGUUUGCUGCACAUGAGGAGACCAGAUGAUGUAGAUGUAUCUGUGGAAUUGAAGGAUUGGUUAUUUGCUCUUGAAGGUGCACAAGAGAUGGCAGAAAGCUGGUGGUUUUGCGAUCAAAAAGAUGUAAGCAGAGAAGAGAGGUGUUGGCAAACAACCUUCCAGAGUCUGCAAGUGAAAGCAAAAAGUAAUCCAAACCAUUUACUAAAUGGUGAAGGAAAAUCACAAGGAAUGCAGAAGUAUCCUGUGGAAUUGAUCACGGUUGGCGUGGAAGGCUUGCAGAUCUUGAAGCCCCAGGCCCAAAAAAGCACCCUUCAAUCUGGCUUAAAUGUAAAAGGGAUCAGAGAAACUGUUGGGACCUCUGGGGGCAUAAGUAUUGAAGCUGAAAUGAUGAUUGCUGAGGACCAGAUUGAUGAUGAAAUGGCCAAAUGGAUGGUUGAGAAUUUAAAGUUUUCAGUUAAACAACCGAUUGAGGUAGUUGUUACCAAGGAUGAGCUACAGCACCUGGCUUUUCUGUGCAAAUCUGAAAUCGACUCAGUGGGUCGAAUAGUUGCUGGAGUGCUAAGGGUACUUAAGCUGGAAGGGUCCAUUGGCCAGGCAGCCAUGGAUCAACUAAGCAACCUCGGAAGCGAGGGGUUUGAGAAGAUUUUCUCCCCUGAUAAGCUCAGCAGGGGUAGUAGUGUUGGCAGUAUGGGGUUCCCUCCCUCUUCAAAUAUGAUCAAUGAAAGUACACACCCCACCUUUGAAACAACAGUGGCUUCGCUUGAGGAAUCAGUCUUGGAUUCACAAGUUAAGUGUACUGCUCUUAUUGCCGACUUAAGAAUUUCAGAUUCUUCGGCACAGCAUCUUGCUAAUAUUAAACAGCUGAAUCACAAGCUAGAGAAAAUGCAGAGUUUGUUGGCUCAAUUGCGGACUCAGAUUUAACUGGCCUUUUCCUUGCCAAUUAUUAUUGUUCGCUUUUGGGACAAAUGCAUCCCAAUGGUAUAGGUUUUUCCUUUUUUUUCUUUUUUCUUAUUUCCUUUUGUAAUUGUACAUAUUAUACAUAUGGACGUUGAGUGUAUGUACCAUUCAGGCGAAAGUAACACAAGUUUGUUUAUCCAAUUGAAAAAAAUUUUGUAUC